AUGGUUAAGCUGCGAAAAGCCAUGGAGGAGGAGCACAAGCAUCUGCUUGAGGCAACCGAGGGUGGUGAGUGUGCUGAAGCAGCUGCCAAACCAAAGAGAAGUUUCUAUGCUGCGAGGGAUUUGUACAAAUACCGACACCAGUACCCACAGAACUUCAAAGAUAUCCGGUAUCAAAAUGACUUCAGCAAUCUUCGUUUUUAUAAGAAUAAAAUUCCCUUUAAGCCAGAUGGUGUUUACAUUGAAGAAGUUCUGAAUAAAUGGAAAGGAGAUUAUGAAAAGCUGGAGAACAACCACACUUACAUCCAAUGGCUCUUUCCUCUGAGAGAACAAGGCUUGAACUUUUAUGCUAAAGAACUAACUACAUAUGAAAUUGAGGAGUUCAAAAAGACAAAAGAAGCAAUUAGAAGAUUCCUCCUGGCUUAUAAAAUGAUGCUAGAGUUUUUUGGAAUCAAACUGAUUGAUAAAACGGGGAAUGUUGCUCGGGCGGUUAACUGGCAGGAAAGAUUUCAACAUCUGAAUGAAUCUCAGCACAACUAUUUAAGAAUCACCCGCAUUCUUAAAAGCCUUGGUGAGCUUGGCUACGAAAGUUUUAAAUCUCCUCUUGUAAAAUUCAUCCUUCACGAGGCGCUCGUGGAAAACACCAUUCCCAACAUCAAGCAGAGUGCUCUGGAGUAUUUUGUUUACACCAUCAGAGACAGGAGAGAAAGGCGAAAGCUCCUGCGGUUUGCCCAGAAACAUUACAGGCCCUCAGAGAACUUCAUCUGGGGGCCGCCCAGGAAGGAGCAGGCGGAAGCCAAGGGCCAGAGAGCGGCUGCCCCUCCGGCCUAUGGCCACAGCGCGCAGAAUUCUGGGCACAAAAAAGCCAAGGACUCCAAAAAUCCCUCCACAGCUGUUCACUUAAACAGCAAAACAGCCGAAGAGAAGAAGGUGGCCCCCAAAGAGCCCGGGGAAGGGACCGAGAGGCCCAGACCGGAGCCUAGCGGUGACUCUGCAAAGCCCAUAAACUCACAGGACAGUGAGGCUGACAGUGCAAAAUCGCAACCUGAAAAUACAGCUGAGAAUGCCGCAGAAAAAAUGGAGAGUUCCUCCCCGCAAGAGAAAGAUGAAGAAGGUGAGAAUCAGAGUGAAGACUGCACAAAGGCUGAGAGUACCAGGUGCGAUGAUGAGGUUCCGUGACAGAAAACCACAACCCGGAGGGAAACACUGUCUAGGACGUUACUUACCAGAACAGGGUCAACGUCAUGUCCCAUGCGUUAGCUGUCUGUUUGUGAUUUCUGUCGUCAGCCUUUUGUUGUUUUCUUAAUUUUUUGAUCUCAUUGAAUCGGAUAUAUAAUAAAUUUUAAGGUGAGCGCCAAUGAAUGAAUGUUUAAGGAUGUGUUUUCAGAGUCUCUGUAUGACUAAGGUUAUUUUCGAGACCUCUAGAAAAAUCACCUACUAUUUGGUUUAUCAAAUACUUUGCUCUAAGAGAUGAGCCUAAAGUGAAGCAAAUCAGUAGAGUAAUUCCAUUUUGAAGCCGGAAGAAAGAGUUUGAUCUUCUCAGAUAUAUUCAGAAAAUGAUUUGGAUUCUUUGACUACACACCUCCGAGGGCUCAGUUUUAGAGUCUCAUAGUGGAGUGGAUGUCCCUGGAAUCUCGGCCCGCCCAGCUCGCUUAGUGGCUCUCCGUGGCUCCCUGUCACCUCCACCACCCUGGCCUCCACCUUCUUCAGCUGCCAUGUGCAUUUCUAGUGCAUUAGAGUGGUCUCCUGUGCUAACGUCUGAGUGACAGAGAAGACUUUUAUUGUAUGAUUUCAGAAAUCUUUAUUUAAAAUUAUGAAAAUGUUUUCUCCAUUAAAGCUUAAAAGCGAAUUUUGGUGCCGAAGUUAUAAAAGUAGUUUGCUUAUUAUGGCUACCCAAUAUAGGUUUUGCGGUUGCUUCAGGGUGUAGAUGACUGAAAUGUUAAACAGUGAGAAGGGAAAUCAUUUAUUUUUAAAAGUCAUUCCUCUUGCACUGUCCAUUAGCAGUAGUGCCUCAACUGCUAAUAUCUUGCUGUUAUGUAAAUUACGAAUUUACUGACAUUGCUUUAGUUCUCAAUGUCCCAGAAAAAAUGUGUAUUUAUGUAAUAUGCAACUUUAAGUUGUCAGACUCUGAAAUUGAGAACAAUUUGAAAUUCCAUAUACUCAGUUCUAAUGAGUACUGAACUUGUUACAUAACGUUGGUCAUAAACAAUUUUGUUUCCUACAGCACUAUUACUAAUUCAUCCAACAUGGAAAUCAAACACUGACGAGAACUUGAAACUGUACAUACAAUUAUAGACAAGGAGUGAGUAGAUGAGGCAUUUUCACUUUAUUUCAGUUACAGAAGAAUUGACGUUUUUUUUAAAAAGAAAUGUUUUG